CUCUUUCCCACCAGGCUGGGUCAUCUUCACAGUCUAUUGUUACACCGCCAACGAUCCGACAGUUGCCUUCCUGCUUGACCGGCUGUUGACCGGUUGCCUUUAGCCUUGAUCAACUUUGUUGGCAGCCUUUCUACAAUGCAGCCUGAAAAAUCCGCCCCGGAGAGAAUCAUCACUGUUCAGUCUAUUAAACGGAUAGGAGCAGAUCUGAAAGUUCGUUGCAAAGUAGGAUGCCCCAGCGUUUCGGGAUAUGUCGACUAUGAAGACAUGCCAUGGCACACAUUUCGAGGGAUGGAUGGCGCUCAACCUGCGGUGGAGUUGAUUCAGAAAGACCUUUAUGGAGACCUCGAAGGAUUAUGGAAGGAACUCACGACGGGCGAGGAGAUUCUUUUAGAGGGCAACGAAGCAUCCCUUCGAAAUCGAAUCGUCUUUCCCAUUCGGAAUGCUCCCAAAGCGGUUCUUCUGAAGUUCUACUAUGUGGCACAGUGGGACAAGGAGUUUAGGUUGAAAGUCGGUAUGACACAGUGGAAGAGGGGUGUUUUUCCAGAACGAGGAGUGGAGGAGUACAUUGAAAAAUUCAUUACCUUGGCUGAGUUCAUGAAGACAGAAUUCGAACAUACGGAAUCUCACAAUGAAAUUGUAGAGAUUAUGACAAAAGAGGUUCAAGACUUCAGAAACCAUGGGUUGUUCUUUCAGAUUUUUGGAUGGGUGACGGGCUAUUUUCCAGGCUUCUUUGUGAAGAGUCGAUGAGUAGAUAGAUUGGUAGUUUUCAAUUUAAUCCCUCGUUUCUUAUGGUACAUGAUCGUUCUCGUUUCGUGAUCCAACUGCGCUUUUUCUCCAAUGGGAUAAUCGUAUGCUUUCGCGUUAUUGCAAUAUUUAUGUUGUGAUUGCUUUCGGACGAAUCCUGCAAGAAAAGGGAUAAUGAUCCUGCUUUCGUAUACAAAGUACAUAAAAUGGCCCGCAGCCUUGUAACACGACGAGUUGCGUUCACACCUACUUUGUUGCCUUGUUGCCUUGUUGCCUUGUUGCCUUGUUGCCUUGUUGCCUUGUUGCCUGAUCCAUUUUGUUUAAUUGGUCGCGUAGAUCGAACAAGUCAUCACUCAUUAUGGCCAUUCAGGUGCCUCCGACGCCCCCAUCUACGCCGCUACAUGGCACUUUCGUGGAUGCUCAAAGUAUUGAUCGAAUCACUCAAAUCGGGGUGGUGGAGAACAACAUCGUUGUCACAGUACUGGUACGCAACAAAUUUGAAGGUUUCCCUUGGACUCAGGUCCGAGAACUUCCUGAUUUGGAGGCCAAACUGGGGCGAAAUCUCAUUAAAGUCGUAGAAGCCUUGUCGGCGAAUCCGCAAGCUCUUGGCAUUGAUGUGGUACUUUUCUGUGGAAUGGAACCGAUUGACUUGGCUCUCUGUGGUCGUUCCCAGUUGAUUCGAACCUCUCGCUUG